UCCUAAUUAAGUAAAACAAAACUUGAAUUUAUAUUUUAAAAAAGUAUAUUUUAUUUACAUCAAAAAAUUUCCGAAAAUAUUUUCAUUAUUUUUAAUUCAAUUAUGUCUAAUAAAUUGGAAUCGCAAAAGGGUUUCGUAAAAAUUCCCCUGAUUCACAAAAUUGAGGUUAAAUUUCCAUAACCUUACUUGUCAAAUAACUUACAAAAGCAAGAUGAGACACGCUUAUUUCAUAGCACGGACUGUUUUCGUCCAAAAUAACGACGUUGAAGCUGCCUGUCGUGUUUUAAAUAGAAUAUUAGGUCGUGAAGGAAUUUUGGAACAAUACAGAAGAACGCGAUUUUUUGAAAAACCCUUCCAGUUUCGUAGACGCAUCAAUUUUGAAAAGUGCAAAGCUAUUUACAACGAAGAUAUGGACCGGAAAAUUCAAUUUGUUUUGCGGAAAAACAGGACCGACCCUUUCCCAGGCAAUCCGUAAUUUAGGUCAAAUAUUAUGUAAUUAGUCUUUUUUCAUUAGUUUCAAUAUAUUAAUAUUUAACAUA